AUGUUACGCAGAGGCCGCACAGGUACCACCGAUCAGCAGGCUGCAACAAAUUGGGUUGUCUAUCAACGAACCUUAGAAGAGAAGAGACAAAUACAAAGAUUCAAACAAGAAACAAGUCGACUGGGUGGUAUUAAAUUAGAUCAAACGAACAAUUAUCAAUAUAUACAACACAGGGUUUAUCGUCCAAAAGACUUCGAUAUGACAGAUAAAAUUAUAGCAGCACUAACUACAAAAAGAUUAGAGCACACACCAACAUUUUCUGGAAAAAAUAAUGUUAAUGUUACGAAAUGGUUGAAAGACGUUACAAAUGCAUUUAAAUUAGCUGGUUUUAGUGAUACAGAGAAAAAUAAAAGUAUAUCCACGUUCUUACGUGAUGAUGCAUUAACGUGGUAUACUCACAAUAUGGACGAUAUGAAUACCUGGAGCAAAUUUAAUGAUGACGUACAAAAAACAUGUUCGUCACCGUUAGUUAAAGAACAAGCAGCAAAGCAACUUCGAAACCGUCAACAAGGUGUCGAAGAAGCACUUAUACAUUAUUAUAAUGAUAUAAUGGAUUUAUAUGUUACAAGACAAGAACCAAAAAAUCCACUAGAAUUUAUUAAAGUGGCGCAAAAAGAAGAAUGUUUGGAUCAAGCUUAUGCUAUAAAUGAUGUUUAUACUAACAACAAUCAAAUAUCGGCAGCAAUAUCCACCAUUACAUCAACACAAAUUUAUCCACAACAUCAACAAAUGUUUCCGCAUCAGUAUUGUCCAAGUGAUUAUCCAAAAGCACAACAACAAUAUCCAGGGGGAAAUACAAAUUAUUAUCGUUAUCAGCGAACACAACAACAACGAUUACCGCCACUCCCACGAUGUUAUCAGUGCAACAGGACGGGUCAUUUUGCACAUGAUUGUUGGUUAAAAAACUUCUAA